AUGAAUCUUUGUGUGACUACGAAUAUCCAGGAUCAGUUGACCAAGUUUUGGGAACUCGAGACCUGUAGAACAAAUAGUACUAACUCUGUAGAAGAAUCAGCAUGCGAGACGAUUUUCGAGCAGACAACAUGCAGAGAUACAACGGGACGAUUUGUAGUUACCCUACCGAAGAAACCACUGAUAAUUGAACAGCUUGGUGAGUCGAGGACUACUGCGAUGAGAAGAUUUAUGGGGCUAGAGCGACGACUUCAUGCAAAUCCUGAGUUGCGGAAUGCAUACACUGAUUUUAUCCACGAAUACCAGCUGCUCGGACACAUGAAGGAGGUUGCAGUACAAACAACCAAAACUGUCUACUAUCUUCCACAUCAUGCUGUCAUGAAACCGGAGAGUACAACUACAAAACUACGUGUUGUUUUUGACGCGUCAUGUCUCACGACCACGGGAGUUUCUUUGAACGACGCCUUAAUGAUCGGCCCUGUUAUUCAGGAAGAUUUGAUUAAUAUAAUUGUUCGAUUUUGCUUACAUCGUUAUGCAGUAGUAGCAGACAUCGCUAAGAUGUACCGCAUGAUACGUGUCCAACCUGAUGACGGUGCCUUACAGCGAAUACUGUGGAGAGAUUCUCCAACUGAUGAUAUCCGAACGUACGAGUUGACGACUGUGACAUAUGGUACAGCAUGUGCACCAUAUUUAGCAACGAAAUGUCUACAGCAGCUGGCUGACAUCAGUGAAGAAACACAUCCAACGGCGGCGAAAAUUCUAAGAAGAGACUUCUAUAUGGAUGAUCUUUUAUCCGGUGUAGAUCAGAUCCCACAAGGAAAAAUGGUUGUGAGUGAAUUGAUCAACCUGCUAGAUUCAGCGGGAUUCCCUCUCAGGAAAUGGAGUUCAAACUGUAGCGAAAUUCUUUCGGAUAUUCCUGAGCAUUUACAUGACGACCGCUCCCACCUUCAACUAGAUUCAUCCAACUCUGUCAUCAAAACACUUGGUCUUGUGUGGGAAUUAUCCACAGACACCUUCCAGUUCAGCACACCUAAGUGGGCCUCGGCAACCUUCAUCACCAAGCGUUCUGUACUGUCAGAUGUGUCCAGACUUUUCGACCCACUAGGACUGGUUGGCCCGGUCAUAGUACAGGCCAAGAUAUUCAUCCAAGAGUUGUGGAAGCAGCAGUGCGGGUGGGAUGAACCACUUCCAGCAGAACUUCAGGAUCAAUGGCAAUAG